AACUGCAGUGUUUAUACUUUAAACUGUGUUAAAUACUGACGUAGUUAAAAAAAAAAACGCUCGAUUGCCCGAGCUAGAACAGAUCAUUUGAGCUUGAGAACUGGCGGUACAGUUGAAAGUCCUAGUCAGAUCAGUGAGCGGUGAAUUCAAGCCUGGAGGUCGCUUGAAGGUCCGAUGAAUGAGCCGCGGCUAUUCAGUCUCGGCUGUCAGAACUACUCACGCGGAAUGCGGCUUCAGCCAAAUACAGCACAUCUAGCCCAUAACGCAAUAUUUUCAAAAUGACAGCCCCAUCACCUAAGCCCCACAUCCGUACAGGAAAAGCUGAAGAAGAAGAUGACCCAGUAGAACUUAUGAUUUCAAAAACUGGUUGUGCUCAUUUGCACUAUGCUGUGCAGGAAUGUAUGGCAGAACACCAAGACUGGAGAAAAUGUCAGCCACAAGUUCAGGGAUUUAAGGAAUGUAUGUCAUCAUAUCAGAAGUCUAAAAGAGAAGAACAAAUUAAGAUUGGACAAAAAAUACCAUAAGAUCAAAGCUGAUAAGAAAGAGACUAAUUUGUCAAACUUUUAUUCACUUUACAAAUAUUCUUUCUUUGUACAAUAAGGCAAUUUUCCAAUCAUUCCUUUGUUAAAGCAGUACUGAACAGUAAAUUAAAUUUGCUUUACUACAUGAACAAUGAAUUUUGGUGGUAGAUGAAUUUAACAGUAUAUUACAAAAAGUGUAAAAGUGCCCAUGCAAUUAUAUGGUCAAAUAGAAGGAAAGGGGCUUUAAUAAAAUGUUCUUCUUUAUCAUAAGAUGUAUUUAAAAUGUUUAAAUUUUAAAAAUUUCACUUGUUUUUACAGUUUUUAUAUGAAAAAUAUUAUGAUCAAGCAGAAUAUUUAACAAAUAUAUUUCCUUUCAUUAAAGUGCAAUUAUUUCAUAAAAAUGUA